AUGCGCUUCAUAGAUCAUCAUUGUUUCCGUGACUUCGACCGCAACGUCAACGGUGCUGGACCUCAGAUGGUGGAAAUCCCCGAGUAUUGCCGCCCCGAGUCAGGAGGCCCAUCAGGGGUCGGAGCACCGGCGCCGCCAUCUUCACGUGCAUUCCUGGCUCCGGCCGUGAAGCUACAGGGUCUCGGUACUUUGUCGCAGUCGCACCAGCCAGACAUACGUCUCUUGGUGCAGACGCAAAAGGGUCAGGAGUGCAGCAGAUUCGAAGGUCUGGCCCCGUCACCCGUCGCCCGGUCGAGCCACACCAAAAAUCAUCCAGCACCAAAAUCUUCCUGUGCUUUUGCCAGCCAGACUACCAUCAAAGGCGUGUUGGAUGCGCUGUUCAGCAUCACUUUCUUGAUCGCUGCGCCAUCGCGUUUUGUUGCAGUCGAAGCUUCAGCCAUCAUUGAGCGUUUUUCUCAAUCCAAUCGCAUCUACCCUCAGCAGUUACUUCUCGCAGUUGCGCCUGCUUUCCUUUCCUUGCCCGCCUGGCUUUGUCUGCGAAUCCUGCGUGAAUCGAGACGCGACUCUCCCCCCGAGACCGAGUCGACCGGCGCAAACCUCAUCACCAACGACUAA